GCAAAAAAAAAUUAAAGUGUCGCACUUUUUUUUUGGAGACAUUGUCUGUUUACCUCUUUCCCCAAAUUGCCAUAACAAUGAGUAAGGCAAAUAGAAUACAAAAACCAAAGUUGAAACUUAUGAAGAACGCCUUCUUUAGCAGAAGAGCUGUUACAAUACAAAUUGCCACGUGACUAUAUCCCAGGCACGGAUCGAAUUAGCAAAAUCGUGGCUAAGAAUCAGUUUACUAUCGACCUGAUUACUACCUUGCUUCUGGACGUCCCUGCAGGCCUACAAGACCGGUGACAGCAUGUUUAUCAAUGGUACAGAGUGUGAUGUUCUCUAAUUGCCUCGUUCAGCAGAUCAAAACACUGCAGAACUAAUAAAUGGAUUUGGACGCGAUCAUUAGAUGGGCUACGUCCGAAACGUAGCCAACUAGGUGGACGUGGUCAUUACACACACAGUGACACGUGAGUUUAUGUGCAGAGCUGUCCAAUACUGCCUGAACGUGUGCAAGCGUUUCCGCAUCUUCCCAAUCCUAUUCAUAGUCUGUAUCUCAAAAAUAGAAUCCAAAGUCGAACCGUCACAAAACUGUACUUGGUCGCUAUGGAAAUGGUCAAAAAUGACAAAGUGGAAGCCUCACAAACAAAUUUGUCAAGCAACACAAAGCCAAUUUGAGAAAAUAGUAUCGACCGUUAUUGACAACCGCAACGGAUCAAGCAACACACCACCAGAAGCAACAACACCAAUGGAGCUUCCUAAAGACUUUGAUGGUGCUUCUUGUUCUACAAAUUUCAAAAACGAAAAGCUGAUGGCAUUUGUCAAUACUUGGAAACAGAAUAACAAUGGUCGAAUGAGUUGGUCUGCCUGUUGGGAAGAAGGAAAGAAGAAGGGCCUGUUCACAGAGUACUCGAAUAGCCAUAGUUUUUGA